CUGAACUUUUGGCUUUGGGAGCCAAAUCCAGCACGAUAUCCCUGGACUUGAAAUCCUUCUUGGGAUUAGUGCGAAUUGUCUUAACCUUGGGGGUUUCUUCGACAGGGUGGGUCCCGGUUGGGUUAGUGUCGGCUGGGAGCGAUGCUCCCCCACGACCCCGUCCGUUUCCUCUGUCUCAGAAAGUUUCGCGGAAGGAAAAAGCGUAUUCUUCAAAUGGAGCGUGCCCUAAAAACAGCGUCUGUGGAUUUAAGAGUUAUAAUGGAGGCUCUUGUUCACGACUUGACCCUUGCGUUAGAAGAAAGUAGCAACAGCGCCAAUGUGAGGCGUAGAUGGGGUAUCAGGAGAAGAGCAAGGUCAACAGGGAAUAUUCCUUCUCUGAGUGCAAAUAAGCAUUCAGAUGAUAGUUCGUCCUCUAUAUGCGAUGUACGCAUCCCAAAAAGUGCGACAGUCUCAAAAUAUCAGUCGGACAGCGAUGACAAUAACCAGACAAAAAGAUUCGCUCGCUUUUCAAACUUGAAAAAUAUCAAUAACAUCGAAAGUGAUUCAGUAAAUGAAAAUUUUGCACCUGGAGCUAACACUAGACGGAAAAGAAAAUUCAAGCGAAUGGCUAUCGACUCUGAUUCUAAUCCAUCAACUUCACAGACUGUCACGAUGAUCCCGAGUUUGUCAGGCAAAAAGAAAAAGGGAUUUCGGAACGAUUGCAGACUUAGACAUGAAACAUGGUGUGGCAAAAGGAAGAGGUCAUGUCGCGAGCGUUCAAUUGACUGUGAAAUGCGAUCUCCCAAACCAAACCGUAAUUCAAAAAUAAAAAACCGUGGUAAGAUGCAAGCUGAGGAUGUGAUGGACUGCUCACGCAUUUCUAACUCUAGUAUUUCGUCGAGUGAUUCUGAAACUGGAAUAAUUACCAACGAUGAAGACCGCGAAGGCGAUGAUGAGCAAUCCGAUUGGAUUGGAGAUUCAGGAUGGUGGGACGACGGGGACAGCACAAAUGAAGAAAAGGUCAGUUCAGAUCCGGCUUUGCAAGUAAUACUACACGGUAGCUUUGAGCAUUUAACCGAUGAGGCGAAAAAAAAUUAUCGUCAAAGAAUGCAAUGGAUUCGAGAUGGACUCAGUGGCAGAGAAAUUCGAGCUGGGCGACGCCGUGUGGAUAAUAAGCCUGGUUAUUCUAUAAUAACUUCGGCAAACGAAAAAGUUUCAAGGUUUCUACAGGACCCUAGCCAAAGUGAACUAAAGCUGCAUCCAAUGCGACAGCCUGAGCGUGAAAAACUACGAAGGCUUGCCAAUUUGUACAGCUUAAGUUUGAAGGGUGAUUUGAGUUGUCCGAUUUUAUACAAAACUCGCCAUACGACCCAAGCCAUUUGCGUCGAUCAAGUUUCUCUGAAUAGAAUAUCCGAUUACAAAAGGCUACGAAAGACUCCGCCAAAUUCGCCAAAUCCUGAUUCGGAAAUGCAGGAGAAUGAGCUACCUAUUUCAAGUGUGAAUUUUGGUACACAAAUUACAAACCAAAUACAGGGUAUUGGCUCUGUCGAGAGCCUGACACAAACUGUAAACUUUGGCUGGGAUAUACCAAGUACAGACCUGCAAAUAAAACCAAAGUUUCAUAGCUUUGGUCACUCCAAAUCUAGCUAAAUGUUAUAGAGAUUUUAUUACGAAUCUACACAUAUGUUCUUGCAUAAUGACAAUUCUCUGAAAACGCCGAUUUUUACAGUCAUAAACCAGUUUAUGUAAGUAUAAUUCAAACUUAAAUCAAGCUCCAUCGCAUCUUGAUAGCAUGGUUGAAUAUAAUCAAAGGCAAAAAUCAAAGACAUUGCGAAAAGAAAUGUAGCCGAUUUUAUUUUUCCGUCCCCUUCUUGUGAAUUCAUUAAAUUUCGCUAUUAUUUGCUGACGUUCUGUGCAGUUUUUUCCGGAAUUUCGUAAUUUUUCUCAUUCUAUCAGAAAAUUCCGUUCGCUUCACCGGUAUUUAGUUGUAUAAAAAGAGAAACUUACAAUCCUGUCUUGUGUUUGAAUUAUACUUUAAAACAUUUGUAAGAGUGCCUGUAAAGAACAGUUACAUAAUGAAAUAUUAUUUACAAGCAUUUGAUAUACUAAGGUUUACCAGGACAACAGUUACAUGUCUCAUGAACUAUACUUCUGUACAUUUUUGUGCCUAAACCAGAUCUUGAUGAAACAUGCCCAAGAAUUCCUCGAAGAUGUAUAUCAGUUUUUUUGGAGGUGUAAGUAGAUCUCCGGUCAUUUAUUUUUGGAAUAUCACUUGAAAUAAUGAUCAUAAUAAUUUAUAACUAUAGUGUUAAGUUGUUACCUACAGUACAGUCUGGAAUACUGUAUAUGUUAAUUAUUAUCAUCUUCUAUUAGGGUUUUUGAAAACUCGUUCAUGAAAGAUGGGCCAAUGGUGGAAGUUAUGUUUAAAAACAUAAUAUAACAAUAAAUACACUACUACUUCUAUAAAA